AUGACGAAAGCCUCGUCGUUCCAUGGAACAGGCAUUAGUCUUUUUCAGUUACCAACAAUUAGUAAUCCUGGCGAAGAGAGGCCUCCAGUGGCGUUACCGCCGCAGGGAACCGGGCAUGCUCUUCCAGAGGAAUACGCAACUGUUUACCCCGUAGAGUUGAACACGAGCAAGGCAGUUGUACCAACGCGUGAUAUGAAAGAAAUAGUUAGUUGUAUGGCUGAAGCGAAACGUAGUGAGGAACAGUGGGUGGUGCAUUCUCUCGAAAAACUUGACGAAGAAUCAGUGACCUCAGGAGAUACGUUGGCUUGGGCAGCAUUUCAUGCUUCGGCCAAGACGGAAGAAGAUCCACCUGCUUUGACUGCACUACUCCAUUGUUCUACGAAAAGGCGGCGACCCCAGCGAUGGUCAAGCACGCAUGGAUGUCAUACGGCAGGCAGUUACCUUUCUAAAUCCGAGCCAGGUUCCUAUCAUCACCGUUGA